AUGGUUGCAAUGACUUCAUUAGCUCGAAGUGUUUUGGUCACUCUUUACUGUGCAUUAGUAUGUCAUGGUGCACCAGUUGAGGCCACAUCGAACAAAGUGGUUUCAUACUCAUUUGAUGUAACACGCUUGGAUUUAUCUACCCAAGAAUCAAUCAGCUUUGAAGGCAACGAAUUGAACGCACGCGAAAACAAAUAUGUUUAUUAUGAAGCCGAGGUUGAGAUUGGAUUAAGAAAUGAAAAGAAUAAAGUUUUGUUCGAUACUGGGUCCAGUGAUUUGUGGGUCAUUGCAUCCGAUGCUGAAUGUAUUGGCGAAGAAUGCAAGAAAGAUGGUACAUACUCCUUCCAAGAUUCAUCAACAUCCAAGAACUUGAGCAUUCCAAAUACUACAUUUUAUGAUAACUUCCCAAUCAAUUUAAAGAAACAAGGGUAUAUUAAUAAAAUAGCUUAUUCAUUGUAUUUGAAUAGUUCAGAGAGCACAUCUGGCUCUAGAUUGUUUGGAGAUGUUGAUAAUGCCAAAUAUUAUGGCGAAUUGAAAGAACUCUCUAUUUCUCCAGGAUUUGAUUUAGCAAGUGAUUUUAACUCAGUCACUAUUAAUGGUGAAACCAUUUCUAAUUCAUCUGAAGUUGUCCUAGAUUCAGGACUGGGCUAUAUUUGGUUGCCUGGAAAUAUUGUUGACGCCAUUGGCAAACAGCUCAAUGGUACUUUUGACCAUGAUUUAAAUUCAUAUGCCGUCAGUUGUCUGAGAACAGACAAGUUAACUUUUAACUUCCCUCAGAACAUUUCAAUUACUGCGCCAGUUUCCAAUUUCUUGUAUCCAAUAGAUGUGGUUCGCAAGAAAAGACCGUUGUGA